UUAUUCCCUCAACAACAUAACCACUUUUUUUUUUUUUAUUUCUGUUUUAAAAAAAGAACUCACAUUUGAUUUCUUUCCUAACAGAAAUAAAUAAAGAAAUGUUGAAAUCAGGAAUUGGUAUUGAAGAAAGAAAACAGUUGAAAAAACCAGCUCAAGCUAGUUCAAGAAAAGGUUGUAUGAGAGGUAAAGGUGGUCCUGAAAAUGCAAGUUGCACAUACAAAGGUGUGAGACAGAGAACUUGGGGUAAAUGGGUUGCUGAAAUUCGUGAACCUAAUCGUGGUGCUCGUCUUUGGCUUGGUACUUUUGAAACUUCUCAUGAAGCUGCUUUAGCUUAUGAUGCUGCUGCUCGUAAGCUUUAUGGUUCUGAUGCUAAACUCAAUCUUCCAGAACUUUCUGUUACAACAAACUCCACAACCACCCAACAAAUUCCUCAAAUUAAUAUUCCUCAUAACAACAAUAAUAUUAAAAACUUUUCUGUUUCUUCAACCGUCCACAACAACAACUCGUGCUUCAACAAUAACAAUAACAAUACCAACAACUCUGUUUUCGGAGCCAUAUAUAGUAGUAGUGAUAAUUCCAUUGUUUCAAUCCCAUUGGAACAACAAGUAGUUGAAAGCAGUUAUACAAAGCACAUGGAUCAUAGUGAUUCCUUUUUUGGGACAGUGAAUUAUGAAUCAACUAUGCCUGUUGUUGAUGAUGAUUCAAUAUGGACAGAAGCUGCUAUGUCUUUAGAUGCUGCUAUUUCUAUGGAUUUUCCUAUGAUUUCUGAUGAUGAUGGAAUUUAUUCAACUGGAAAUUUUUCUGAAGUUGCUGCUUGGGAUUCUCUUCAAACUCCAUGGUGCAUGUAAAUCAACGUCAACAAUAAAUAUAUAUCAUCAUCAAUAAUAAUAAUAAUAAUAUAAUAAUAAUAAUAAUAUAAUAAUAAAAAAAUAGUAAUUAUAUAGUGUGUGUAUGUAUAUAUAUAUAUAUAAUAUAUGGUCUCCUUUAGGUGCAUAAGGAGUUAAAAGAUCAGAUGAGUUAGCAUACUAUAUAUUAUAGUGUGUAUAUAUUUAUGGUCUUUCUUUAGGUACAUAAGGAGUUAAAGAUGAGUUAGUAUACUAUAUAAUAAUAUUGACUGAAGAUCAUGACAUCGUGGUGAUUUUCUUAGCACUAUUGUCGUGGUUCUUUUUAGUAUCAAAUAUAUGUAUAUAUUACAUAUAAUUUCAAAUCUUCUUUCUUUUAUCAAGUUAUUUAUUCAA